AUGAAUGAAGAUAAUGAUAAAAUCAAAUUAAUCAUUAAAAUGGAACCAUUAAUUAGUAUUUAUUAUGAUCUUCUAAUCAAACUAAAUGGAAUGAUAGAAACACUCAAGAACAAAAUGCAUAAUUAUUUUGUCAAUUCUUAUUAUGAAAGAAUAUUAUUUACUGAAACAUUACAAAUUUCUCAGUCAAACUUAAAUUUAGAUAUAAAUCAAAAUUUAGAAAAUGAUAACAAACAAAUUGUCGAUAUUCCAAAUUAUACGGAGCUUCAAUCUUUAUUUGUGUUGGUUGCACAAUUGCAUGACACAAAAUUAGUUAUUGAUAAAACCGAUGGCAUAGAUCAAUUAUGGAUUAAUCUUGUUAAAGAUACUGAUAAUCAGUCAAAUAUAGAAAAGAUAUUAAACAAUGGCUUACAUGAUGAAAUAUUUUUAACGCCACAAAUAGCUACUAUUAUUGAUGAAUUGAUGCAAGAAGGAAAAGAAGAUAAUCUAUCAAUGCUUUUCCCUUAUAUUAUAAAACCGUCAAAUGAAGUAUUACCGAUUGUUCAGAGAUGGUUUACUCAAUAUGAUAACAGUCAAAUUAAAAAGUUAUCAGCUCUUUUACUUGCCGAAAUAAAAAAUAUUUUUGAACCAGCAGUUGAAACAAUUAUAGAUUUACUAGAAAGUGAUAACGAUCAAAUGAGAUAUAGAGCUCAACGACUUUUUCAACAUCCCGAAAGAGAUGUUCAGAAGCCAAGUAAGAGGCUAUCUGUAUUAGGAGAAAAAACAAUGAUGAAAAUCCUUGAACAUGCUUCGGCAAAAUAA